ACCUCUCAAUUGCACCAAACAGCUCUCUCAAUUCUCAAAUGGAAUUCCAAUCCAAUCUAAACCUCUAAGAAAGAAAAAAGAAGAAGAAGAAGAGGGUCCGUCUAACCAUUUGGUUCUGUGGUCUGUUCAUAGUUUUCCUCAAGAAUAAUAAUGUCUACCUUUGAAAUGGCUUCAAUCAACAAGUUAUCAUAUCAAAGACUAAUAAGAAAUGAAGGGUAUGAAUAUGAUGAUUACGAGGAGGAAGAAUUUGAGAGACAAACUGAGAAGAAAAGAAGUUGGUUCAAGUUUAAAAGACUAGGAAGCAAGAAAAGAACUAAACUUAAAAUUCCCGGAUUGAGAAGGUUUUUGAGGAGGAAAUCAAGAUUUUUCUCUUCUGUUAGAGUUUCAUGGUGCAAGGUAAUGAGAAGACUGAAAGAGAGUAAAUCACACAUGAGUGAUUUAUUUGCUGGUAAUUAUUUGUUGAUGCAAGUAAAUCCUACUUCUUUCAAGUCAUUUAACAACAAGUAUAAUUUGGCAAAUCGUGGCAUUCAUAGCUUCAAUCCAAAAUACGCCACUGCUAGGAAUUUUGUUUAACUUGUGCUAGGCUACUCCAAUUUCCGAACCCCUGAACGUACCGGAUGUUGCUUUUACAGAUUCACAGCGCUCUGAGAUUAGUCAGGUUAAGUCCGGACGCAGAGACGUCAAAUGCUUUCCACAUGAUCACAUAAAUUGCAUUGUAAAUUUCAUUGUUUCAUUUGUAACUUUGAUUAAAAAUAAGAGACAGAUGGCCUAUUGUACUUGCAAAUUAGUAAGUAUUCAUACCUACGAAUAUAUAUGUUCAU